CCGGAAGUAGCGGGGGACGCGCCGGUCCCCAGCAUGGCGGCCGCCUGGCCCUCCGGGCCGGCUGCUCCGGAGGCCGUGGCCGCCCAGCUCCUGGGUGUCCUGUGGUUCGUGUCAGUCACCACGGGACCUUGGGGAGCGGCUGCCAUCGCCGCAGCCGGUGGCGAGGAGACGCUUAAGUGCGAGGACCUCAAAUUGGGACAAUAUAUUUGUAAAGAUCCAAAAAUAAAUGAUGCUACACAAGAACCAGUUAACUGUACAAACUACACAGCUCAUGCUCCUUGUUUUCCAGCACCCAACGUAACUUGUAAGGAUUCCAGUGGCAAUGAAACACAUUUUACUGGAAAUGAAGUUGGUUUUCUGAAGCCUAUAUCUUGCCGAAACGUAAAUGGCUAUUCAUACAAAGUGGCAGUUGCACUGUCUCUUUUUCUUGGAUGGUUGGGAGCAGAUCGAUUUUACCUUGGAUACCCUGCCUUGGGUUUGUUAAAGUUUUGCACUGUAGGUUUUUGUGGAAUUGGGAGCUUAAUUGAUUUCAUUCUUAUUUCAAUGCAGGAUUUGGGCUCCCUUGAUGUCAAUCAGUGUGUGGAUUUCCAGAUUUUCCUUUUUCUUCUUCACAUACCACUUUAUGGAUUCUAUAUCACUUUUUGUUAUUCUUGAUAUUUUUUUGUUUUGUUGCUUUACUUGAAAGCAUGUAAUUCUGAGAUUUAUUUAAUUGGACUUUCUUUGAGAGCUGUGUGCUAAUAGAGUCAUGUGUGGGCUACUGUCUCUAUGAGAUAGCUUAUUACCCCGAUAUUCUUUAAUGUCCUUUCCAAAGGCAAGUUGCCACUUGCCAUUUUCGCUUCUGAAAAAUAAAAGUAUGACUUAUUCACAUUUUUUAGUGCUUUAUUGUCAAGAAAAACUUAAAUAUUGAAUGCUGCUGUCUUCUGCAUUUUGAUCCUUCAAAACAGUUAACCCACAAUGUGAACAUAAACCAUUACUCUAUUGCCUGGGGCCACAGUUGUGUAUGAGAACCCACCUGUUUUUCUGCAGCUUGCAGAUCUGUCUCUGCCUUGGUAUCCAGGGAGCACAAGAUCACUGGGGAGUCUGAGACCUUGAGGCUACAUGGAUACUUCUGGCACUGAUUCAGGCCUCUGAAAUGUGAACUUUUUCCUUUUUGCUUUGGGAGUGAUGCACUAGCUUUUGGAAGACCAGCUGCUGACUCAUCUAGCUCAGUGCAGUUAUUUUGAAGCUGGAUGGACAAGGUGGGAACACCAAACACAUGAUUAAUGUCUUCCAUCUGUUUGCACUGCCAGGCAGAUGUUGGCACAAGUGCCUUCAGGGAUGCACCAGUGUCUGAAGGAAGCAGCCCCUGUACAUUACCACUGGGCUUCUUACUGUGUUUAGGAGGGUUGUAAGAAGAUGGAAACACAUGAAAUAUUAUGUCCUCAGUUAUAUCAUACUUUCUUUAGUAACAAGCAUAGUGAUUUCACAAUUACUUCAGUCCAGACUCCUUGGGAGGAAAUACCGUAAUUUUUUAUCACUCAUUUUAUUCAAAAGUAUACAAUUAUAGUACAGUUAGCUUCAUAACAUCUUCAUCAUUCAGUAACAGCUUCUCCAUUUGGUGGGAGAUUAUGCAGUAUCAAUAAAUAACAGGAAAUUGGAUGGACUCCUCAUGUACAUGAAGAAUGGUCUCUGAUUCAUUUGUUAGUUAAAAUACUGAGUGUCUACUCUGUGGGAGACACUGUUCUAGAUGCUGGGGUGCAGCAGUGAACAAAACACAAACAAACAUGCCUGUCCUUAAGGAGCUUAUGUUCCCUGGGGACCAAUUUUUCACAGUGGUAGUAUUUCUAUACUAUAGAUGGUUAAGCUAGCUGGUAGAUGCCCAUUUUCUAGUAUUUCCUUAGUAUUUCUAGUAUUUCCUCUAGUAUUUCUAGUUCCUUUUGAUUGCAGAGAGCAGAGCGCUUUGGAGUUUAACCUCAGGAUCACCUAAGCCCAGAUUUGAAGCCUUUAUGUUUCUACAGCCAUGUAAGUUCAGUUAUGUAAGAAAUACUUGGAAUCAAAUCUUGAAAAGUAAUCUUGAUUCUUGCUGUGAUUGUUAGUUAUUAUUAUGUUCUCUGAGGACCAAUUUUUCACAAUGGCAGUAUUUCUAAACUAUAGAUGGUUAAGCUAGCUGGUAGAUGCCCAUUUUCUAGUAUUUCCUUAGUAUUUCUAGUAUUUCCUCUAGUAUUUCUAGUUCCUUUUGAUUGCAGAGAGCGCUUUGGAGUUUAACCUCAGGAUCACCUAAGCCCAGAUUUUGAAGCCGUUAUGUUUCUACAGCCAUGUAAGUUCAGCUAUGUAAGAAAUACUUGGAAUCAAAUCUUGAAAAGUAAUCUUGAUUCUUGCUGUGAUUGUUAGUUAUUAAGUUGAUUAGUGGGAAGUCUGUUUGAAAGCAGGUGCUUCUCCAAGUAUUUAUUCAUAUAAACUGUAUUCCAAAAGGGUUUUAGAUAAAAUCUGGAAAUAAAGUCUCUUUGCAAUACCUUCUUAAACCUGUAGAUUUUAUUUUAUCUAUAAUUUCCUAAAUUUACAUGACAAGAACACUAAAGUUUUUCCAGUUUGCCCAAUUCUCUGUUCCUAAUAUAUGUAAUUUUUAACAAAUGGUUUUUCUGUAUCUUAUUAUAUUUAUUUUUAUGUAAAUGCAUGUAAUACAUGUAAAUGCAGUUUUGUUUUGCUUCAUUUUGCUUUAAUAGAGCAUUAUUUUAUUUUGGCUGUUAGUAGUGUCUGUGAGUACGAAUCAUAUUUUGAGGCCUCUGUAUGAGAUGUUUUAUAUGAUAACUCUGCUUUUAGAGCAGUGGCCAAAAUUGUGAGAUGGAUUAGCUUGGUCACUACUUGGGUUACUCCUAACACCUGUAAACCUCUAGGAUGGAAUGGAAUGGGUUCUUUCAAUGCUACAGAAACAAUGUGUCUAAAGAAAUAUUCACAAAUGAUAACUACUGAAGCCUAAAAUAAUUAAUACAAUUUCCAGAAGUACUUCUUUACCAAGGAGGAUUUCUUAUCUACACUGUAUUAAAAUAAAAGACCUCUUUAGGACCUCAAAGGUUGUGCUAUGUGUAUGGCCAGCAUCUGUUCAUGGGAUUCCUAGGACUAUAAGAAAUAUUGAUUUGUAUGUUUUGUUUUUGUUUUAUUAAAAAAAAAAGUCUUUUCCCCUUAUUUUAACCUAGAUGCUCAAGGCUAGGUUAAGUAUAUAAUACUAAUAGGAGGCUAGGAAGCUAAAAUAGAUCUAAUAGCAAGAACUAGCAAAAAGAAAAAUUCGUUCUUAAAAAGUACAAGUCUGAGAUGUCCAUUCCUCUUCCUCAUCAAACACCUUAAAUGUAGAUAUUCCCGGGUUCUGGCACCUUCCCUCUGCCUUUCUCUCAUUUUGCUUUUUUCUAUUUACAAAAUUAAUACAAGUAUGCAAAAAUUCUGGGAAACACCAAAAAGUACAAAGAAAAUGGGGCACCUGGUGACUCAGUCAGUUGGGUGUUUGCCCUUGACUUAGGUCGUGAUCCUCUGGUCCUGGGAUCGAGUCCCCACAUUGUGCUCCCUACUCAGCGAGGAGUCUGCUUCUCCCUCUGCCUCUGCCCCUGCUUGUGCUAUUUUGCUUGCUCUGUCAAAUAAAUAAAUAAGAUCUUAAAAAAAAAUACAAAGAAAAAACCUUAUUCCACUGCCCAAAGAUAACAAUGUUCAUAUUUUUACAUAUGUCCCAGGUGUUUUUCCAUGCAUCAGUUCCUUCACAAAAAUAAUAUAGUCUCCAUACUGUUUUGUUGCCUGCUUCUUCACAUUGUAAAGAUUUUUCUAUUUCAAUAAAUAUCCUUUAACAACACAA